UAACCGACAUUUGAUCUGUCAACGUGCCACAGGAGCAGCAGGCGAACGACUCCGCGGAACCUCUAGAACCUCCAAGUUUCACCGCGUAUCCUGUGUCCCAGAGUGCCAAUCCCCGAAUCGAUCCUGCAAAAGUUGCAUCGCGAUUUUUGUGCAUUGCGUGUCAGUUUUCCCAGCGGCUUUUGGAUCUUGCUCAGCGGCAGCCAGACGUGCCCCAUCCCGUGCCACGCCCCCCGUCCCACAAUGAACUCCCUUCACGCCCACCUCCUGCUGCUGGCCGUUUGCUGUGUCGGCUACAUCGCCAGUUCCCCGGUCAUUGGCCAGGAUCAGCGUAGUGCCGUGUCCGGCGACAGCGAUGCAGAUGUCCUGCUGGCCGCCGACGACAUGGGCGACAACGGGGCGGACAACAUCGACAAGCGGGUGGAGCGUUACGCCUUCGGCCUGGGUCGGCGGGCCUAUAUGUACACGAACGGAGGAGCCGGGAUGAAACGGCUGCCGGUCUACAACUUCGGCCUGGGCAAGAGGUCUCGUCCCUACUCCUUCGGACUGGGCAAGCGGAGCGAUUACGACUACGAGCAGGACAACGAGAUCGACUACAGAGUGCCGCCAGCGAACUAUUUGGCAGCCGAGCGUGGUGUGCGACCCGGCCGACAGAACAAGAGGACGACGCGUCCGCAGCCCUUCAACUUUGGCCUGGGCCGACGUUAAGUCAACCCGGGAUCCAUCCUGAUCGGAUGGCGCACUAAACCAAUUCCAGCCGUGCGCCAUUUGACCAAGGAGCAAAUCAAAUCCUAACUAUUAUUAUCAAACAAGUACUUGCUAAAUCUCUGAGACUCUUCUCCAAACUUAAAACACAUUCAGGAGCCUAUCUAAAUGUCUUUUAAUCCAACCGAUUUCUUUGCACGCCCCUCGUCCCUUAAAUAUUUAUAGUAAUUCGCUAGAGCCAGAUAAAUAAUUUUUAGUUCAUGCAAUCGAGACAUAUAGCGGCAGCCUCCAAUAUAAAAUUGCGAAAAAUACCAAAAAAAAUGAAGUGACAUAUUGAGAACGAAACUGGCGUGUGCAAUUAUCAAGAAGGAAAUACAUAAAAUGUUAUACGAAUCUAUUAUAUAUGCAUAUUCAAUCCAAUUUACAGUACUCCAUAUAUGUACAUUUUAAAGGGGCAUUAAUUAAUAUACACGCGGAUUUAAACAUACAUAUAUACUUGGGGCAAUCUCUCUCGAAAAGGGCGACACAAGUGGCAUUCGUUGUGGUCGCAACCGGAGGAGCACGAAUAUUGGGUAAACUACUGCAUACUAAUAUCGAUGUAACUAAGUGUUUGAACAAAGUGAUUACUAAUUUAACUAUAUAAUUACAAACAUGUAAUUGUUUUGUGAAUACAUGCAUACCUACCCAAAUAAACAUAAGCGCAGCAAAACUGCGCAAGCAAAUCCA